ACAUACGAGAAGAGGUGGGAAGACAAUAUUUAUAAAAGACAAGCGACUAAGAAAUAUGAGGAUCGGGGAAAACUUCCUGGCUGAUAGAAGUUUCCUGACCGAGCAGCGACUUCUUUUAGACUAUGGAAAGAGCCGGGCACCCUGCGGCUGCGCUGUAUUUAGGAUUGGGGACCCUCUUCUCCGGAUUAGCCGCGCACAAAAUAAUUAAGAACAAGGUGAAGAUGGAAAACGCUUCCUUGUGCACCCUGCCGGCUUUGCUCCUGCUGGGAGCGUUCUGUUACUUCGUCUUUCCAGUCAAGCUGGGAGCGAGCGUCUUCUUCUUGGCGUGCGCGCUGUACUAUGUCACGCUACCAGUCAGACGGAUGCUGUCCGCGGAAGGCAAGACGGUCCUCAUAACAGGGUGUGAUUCCGGGCUUGGACACGCUUUAGCGAAACAUUUGGAUAAACAAGGCCUCCUGGUUUUUGCUGGUGUUUUAAAUAGGAACGGGCCUGGGGCCGGAGAACUUAGGAGGGCAUGUUCAACAAACCUUUGCCUGAUCCAGCUGGACGUCACCAACUCUCAUGAAAUUGUGGCAGCCUACGGUGAGAUCAGCAGCCGGGUGAAAGAUACAGGUUUGUGGGCCAUCGUGCACAACGCUGGCGUCCUUGUCUACGUAGCAGAUGGCGAAUUGCUUCCCAUGAAUGUCUACAAGCAAUGUAUGGAGGUCAACUUUAUCGGUGUUGUGCAGGUCACAAAAACGUUCAUGCCUCUUCUGCGGAAGGCUAAAGGAAGGUUGGUCGCCAUAUCCAGCAUGGCAGGUCUUAAUCCUAUCCCCGGAUAUGCAGCCUAUGCUGCAUCCAAAGCAGCUCUGACCAUGUUUUGUGCUGUGAUGCGUCAAGACCUCUUGAAGUGGGGGAUGAAGGUAUCAUCUAUCCAUCCAAGUGGCUUCAAAACAAAUAUUUUUGGCUCUCAAGAGCAUUGUUCAAACCAAGCGCAGAACCUGCUGGAGACUAUCAAACCAGACGUCAGAGAUGACUACGGAGAAGACUACCUCGAAACUCUGCAGGAUUUGCACCACCAGUCAACAAAAACUUUGUCUUCUGAUAUCUCCCCCCUCUUGGAGGAUGCCUACCACGCUCUCUUGGCCCUACACCCAUAUACUACUUACACCCCCGGAACCUUAGCCUACCUCAUUCCUACAAUAUUCCGCUACUUCCCUCUUUGGGUUUACGAUAUACUUGCAAAACAAAUCUUCCUCAACCACCGUACUAUCCUGCCCAGAUCUCUAAGAACAUUGCAUAAUAAUUAUAAGACUGACUGACUGAACUGGCAGGGAAUAGACAUUUUCCGACUGGAGCCAGAAAAACACAGAGGAACCUCUAAAGAGACUUAAACUUUUUUUUUAUAAGUUGA